AUGAAACCCGACGUUCGCCUGUUGUUGGCGGCUACCCUGGCCCCCAUCGUGGGUGGUUCCUCUUCUGGCCCCAUCGUCGACCUCGGUUAUUCGUCUUAUCAGGGGUAUCAUGAGGCCGCUACCGGGUUGAAUAUCUGGAAGGGCAUUCGGUAUGCAUCACCUCCUGUCGGGCAGCUGCGAUGGCAACCUCCAAGGCCUCCAGCCAAGAAUAACGGCCGGAUCAUUCCUGCCGUGGACCAACCUCCCGCGUGUCCCCAAUCGGGUGCUGCAGGUACCCCUGCCAUCUACGGUUUCAACUCGGGACCUGGUGACGAGGAUUGUCUAUUCCUGAAUGUCUAUGCGCCCCCUGGUGCCUCUGAUCUACCCGUGUUCGUUUGGAUCCACGGUGGCGGCUAUGGACUGUUUGGCGCUGUGUAUGAUCCCACUCCGCUCAUGAAUACCAACAACAACGGAUUCAUCACUGUGGAAAUUCAGUACCGUCUGGGCGCAUUUGGGUUUCUUUCGUCCGCCGAGGUUCACAAACAAGGCACCCCCAACGCCGGUCUUCUCGAUCAGAGAUUUGCCCUGAAAUGGGUGCAGCAGCACAUCAGCAAGUUUGGUGGCGACCCCAAACGAGUCACCGUCGGCGGCGAAUCAGCUGGUGCAGGUGCAGUAAUGCUGCAGUCCCUGGCGUAUGGAGGAACGAAAUCGAAUCUGUUCCAGAAUAUCAUCGCAGCGAGCCCAUACUCACCCCCCAUCUAUCCCUAUGAUGGCGCCAUUCCCACCACGUACUAUGAGCAGUUUGCGGAACAGGCCGGGUGUGGCCGAUCAACAUCUGCCAGAUCCAACCACAAAACAACUUUUGACUGUCUGGUUGCUGCGCCUAGUGAGACACUACAAACUGCCAGCGGGAUUGUCUCCGAGUCCGGACUCUUUGGUACCUUUGCCUUUCUACCUGUUGUGGAUGGCGGUUUGAUCCGCGAGCGACCGUCAGUGCAGUUACUGACCGGACAAAUCAGCGGUCGGCGCAUUCUCGUCGGGAAUAACGCCAACGAUGGUGUCCCUCUCAGCAACCCCAAUGUAGCCACUCGUGCUGCGUUCGACGGCUAUAUCUCCAAGACCUUCCCCAGACUGACGGAGAAGAACCUCACACGGCUGAAACUUCUCUAUGGUACGGCGGACUCACAGCCAAACGGCGACGGACCUCGGUUUGAUAGCCUAGGCACUUCCGGUCCGACUGCGAAUAAUCAGUCCGAAAUGGCUACGGGCUUGCAACAAACGGUCUUCAAUAUCUACGGCGAAACCACGUUUGACUGUCCGGCGCAGUGGCUGGCCGAGGCCUUUGGCGGCGCUUCUCGACAGGCAUGGAAGUACCAGUACUCGGUCACGCCGGCAUAUCACGGUGCCGAUCUGAACUCCUACUUCAACCUGGGGGCCUCCUGGCCCAGUGCCGCAUUCAAUCAUGCUUUUCAGAAAAUAUGGGGCAACUUCAUCAUGAACGAUAGUCCGGUCAUUCCUGUCGGCGAUGCGACCGCCAACAACAGCCAAGCCGUGGUUCCGGUCGGACGAGAUGGCCAUCUGAACUGGCCGCAGUUUCGCCCGAUGUCUCCCUGGCAGAUGGAUCUCAACACCACGGGAGGCACCGUCACUCAGGUCGUAGUCACGCCAAACUUGACCUACUACGUUCGGGAGGGAGACGACGUUGUUAACCACUUCCGUUUGGCCAACGCAUACACCUGGGAGGGGGACCGCGGACUUCGCUGCGCAUUCUGGCGGGCUGUUGCAGACCGGAUUGCUCUAUGA